GAUCUCUCACAUCCAAGCUCAAUUACCCUCUCGUGGUUCAGAACGUCGAGUCUUUCGAUUCAACUAAAUCAAUGCACACACAGUAGACUUCGUCGACCGUUGACAAGAGAGAGACGCCUAGAAGAUGAUCAUACGAUUCACUUUCUCUCUCCUACUUCUCAUUUACCUACAAACCCUAACCCUAAUUCUCGCAAUCACUUCCUCAUCCCUAAACAUUUCUCACUAUCUCUAUCCGAAGAUCAGCGACGAGUUUCGUCCUCAACCCUCUACUUUCUUGGAGGAUGUUUUGAAGGCUAUAUCGGUGAAGUACAAGUGGAAUCUGGAGGACAUCCGGGUUUCUUCGAAAUUGGAUGUGAGGAAUGCCAAGUUUGGGAGUUCGCAGAGGUAUGAGUUUUUGUUUCGGAUCAGUAAGAGUGAAUUGGUUUUUAGAUUCAGGGACGAUGUGUCUUUGUGGAAGAAACUCAAGAAAGGAGGUGACUUCGAAUCUUUGGUCAAGGAGGUUGGUUCGGUGGCAGUGCUCAAUACCAUCCGAAUCGAAGGUCCUUUCGAGUUGCAAGUAGGUGGAGAUGAUGAGAUUUCACUACAAUUGCCGCCGCUGAAUACUUCACAUACUGGUCUGAAACGAAUCCUUGUCGGUGAAGGCAUCACCAUAGAAGUAAGACGUGCUCAAGAAGUCUCUCUGCUUCAUGCAUCCGAACUUGGAUCACGAAUGAAUAGAAGUGGCGUGAUUAACAGGGAGAGAAUUGAGUUUUGGUCCAUUCGGCGUUCAUUAUGUAUGCCGCUACUCCCUAUACGAAUUUCGGGGUCUGCAUCAGUGGUGGCGUAUAAAACUCGAAACCCUGAUGCUUGGAUUGAGACUGCUUUGCUAUCUAGGAAUACGAUUAAAUUGCUUCCAGAAAAAUGUUACACCAGACAUUACUACAAAAAGCGAGGCCGCCCCAUUGAUUCUCUAGCUUUGAGGAUAUCUAUGGUGGAAAUGUCUUUGAGGAGAUUUCUAGUUGACAAAAUCCAUCAGAAAGCUGUUUCGGGUUUUGUCAAAGCAAAAACUAAAGCAUCAAAUGUGGUUCGCUUCAAGUUGGAACUGGAAAGGGGUAUGGGGAGCAAUGACACUCUCAAUGAUUGGAGAACAAGGCCUACUUUUGAACGUGUUUGGUUCGAGGUAUUAGCAAGGAUUGAAGCAGAGAGGUUGAAACCCCUAGAGAUUAAGAAGGUGAUACCUUUCGUUGGAGCAGAUUCAUCUGCUUGGAGUAAUUUGAUGUCCAAUAUUUCGUUUACAAAGUUCCCAUCACUCCUUGUCCCUCCAGAGGCACUAACGCUGGAUGUGAAAUGGUAGAAAAAAUUAUAAAAGUUCCGUUGUGUGCAUGUUUACAGUGAUGAAAUGUAGGGUAAUUUUUCUGUCUUUCGUUUACCCUGAUAUGAUCAAUUUUAAACACUGAGGUGAUUUGUAAUUAAAAUUCUCAUUUGGCUCUGUAAAGUACGUAUAAGAAUGAAAAAAAGUUACCAUUGUA